ACAUGGGCAAGGAGGCGCCCUCCCAGUCACUCUGUCAGCUUGUCUCCUCGAAACAUGUCCUUCCUGAAAGUGGGAGAACAUUCGGAUUUUCCGAUCCAGAACCUCCCGUUCGGUGUGUUUUCCACUCCGGAUAACCCAACCCAUAGAAUCGGUGUUGCCAUUGGAGACCAGAUCUUAGAUCUCAAUGUUGUUAAACAUUUCUUCACUGGCUCAGCUCUCUCUAAACAUCAACAUGUCUUCAGCCAGCCGACCCUUAACUCUUUCAUGGCUCUUGGCCAUGAAGCCUGGAGGGAAGCUCGAGCUUUUCUGCAGCAGCUCCUGUCGGCUGGUGAAGCAACGCUGCGGGAUAACAAAGAACUGAGGCAAAAAGCAUUUGUACCCCAGGCUUCAGCCACCAUGCAUCUCCCUGCGCAGAUCGGGGAUUACACAGAUUUUUAUUCAUCCCUUCAUCAUGCAACAAAUGUUGGAAUCAUGUUUCGAGGAAAGGACAAUGCUCUCAUGCCUAACUGGUUGCACUUACCUGUUGCUUACAAUGGCCGUGCGUCAUCUGUCGUUGUGUCUGGGACCCCCAUCAGAAGGCCCAUGGGACAGACAAACUCAGAUGAAGCGAAACCACCUGUGUUUGGACCCAGCAAACUUCUAGACUUUGAGUUGGAAAUGGCUUUUUUUGUGGCACCAGGCACCAAGUUAGGAGAGAGAAUCGAUAUAUCCCGGGCCCACGAACAUAUCUUUGGGAUGGUUCUUAUGAAUGACUGGAGUGCUCGUGAUAUUCAGAAAUGGGAAUAUGUUCCACUGGGACCAUUCCUAGGGAAGAGUUUUGGAACGACAAUUUCACCUUGGGUUGUAUCGAUGGAAGCUCUGUCGCCAUUCAUUGUGGCCAAUCCUAUCCAGAAUCCCAAGCCCUUGCCGUAUCUGUGCAGUGAUGACCCGUACACUUUCGACAUCAACCUUUCUGUUUCUAUUAAAGGUGAGGCAAUGACUGAAAAGGCGACAAUCUGUCGGUCCAACUUCAAGCAUAUGUACUGGACCAUGAAACAACAGUUAGCUCACCACACUGUUAAUGGGUGCAAUGUGAGACCUGGAGACUUGCUGGCUUCUGGAACGAUCAGUGGCCCUACCCCAGAGAGUUUUGGCUCAAUGUUGGAGUUGUCAUGGAAGGGAACAAAAGUCAUCGACCUUGGGAAUGGGAACACCCGCAAAUUCCUUCAGGAUGGUGAUGAAGUUACCUUGACUGGUUAUUGCCAGGGCAAUGGCUAUCGAAUUGGCUUUGGGGAAUGUACCGGAAAAGUGCUUCCAGCGAAUUCGUAAUGCACUGAGUAUGUUCUGGAUGGGAAAUACAGAAUGUCAUCACAUUUCUCCUGCUUUAACCAUUAAGUGGAACUGAUUGCAAUCAAAUAUUCCCCUCAUCCCGUCUCCAAUUACAAAUUUGACACUAAUCAGUGGGGGACUUCCAAGUUCGUUCACAACUUAAUUCUUGUCAUUAUUGCAUUUAAUAAAACAAAGCACAAAGGGAAGUCCAGCACAGGAAGAGGCCUUUCAGCCCUCCUAGACUGUGCUGAUCAUCAUGCCCUAACUAAACUAAAAAACAAACCUUUUGCCCUUAUUCAGUCCAUAUCCCCCUCCUCCCUCCCUAUUCAGGUAACCAUCCAGAUGCCUCUUUAAAUAUCACCAACACACCUGCUUCCGCCACCUCUUCUGACAGUGUGUUCCAGACUCCUACUACUCUCUACAUAAAAAACUUCCCUUGCACAUUUCCCUUAAACUUUCCCCCUCUCACCUUGAACCUGUAUCCCCUUGUAUUUGAAACUUCAAUCCUGGGAAAAAGCCUCUGACUAUCCAUCAUAUCUAUGCCUCUCAUAAUUUUGUAGACCUGUAUCAGGUCUCCUCUCGGCUUCCAUCUUUCCAGUGAAAACAAUCCCAGUCUUUUUAACCUUUCCUCAUAGCCACUGCCCUCGAAACCAGGCAACAUCCUGGUGAACCUUCUCUGCAUUCUCUCCAAAGCUUCCACGUCUUUCUGGUAAUGUGGCAACCAAAACUGUACACAAUUCUCCAAAUGCGGCCUAACAAGAGUUUUAUAUAGCUGCAACAUGGUUUACCAACUCUUGUAUUCCGUGCCCCAGCCGACGAAGGUAAGCAUGCCAUAUCCCUUCUUAAUCACCUUGGCCACCUGCACUAUCAGCAACUCCACCAAUCUUCAUGUCAUCUGCAAAUUUGCUAAUUAGAUCACCCACAUUUUCCUUCAGAUCAUUUACAUAUCAUACAAACAAGAGAGGAUCUAAGACUGAUCUCUGUGGAACACCACUAGUUACUGGUCUCCAUUCUGAAAAGCACUCAUCCACCACUAACCUCUGUCUUCUACAAUCAAGCCAAUUUUGUUUCCAUCUCGCCAAUCUACCCUGAAUCCCAUGUGAUUUUUAGUGAUUUAUAAUAAUAGUUAAUUUACUAGUCAACAUUAAUUUUCUUUCAGCUGACUCUGUAAGAUAUUCAAAGUAUUUUUUACCAGAUUACUUUGUAUGAAAACAUACCAUUUCAAUAAUAACUGACGUCAAAAGUACAAUGAUUGGAACGAGGCCAGCCAGGUAGACUUCAUAGAGUAUGAUUUCCCUGAUUGGACCAGGUUAGCAGCCACAAUCAGGGAGCCCUAGCUGACAGGAGUGUCAGGGAUUCUGCUCACUCUAGGAACUGGCCCUGAGCCAGCUGAGGUAGUGUCAUGUACAAUGCACAUGUAAUUAAAGGGUUGACUUGGUAACAGGA